AUGGAUCAAAUACUGGAUGAUGAAGGUAUUGAAGAAAAUGUAGAUCCUCGCUCAGAAAAUGUGUCAUUAGGACGGGAAGAAUAUGGUUUUUCUGAUGCAAAUGAUUCUUCUGUGGUUGCUUUUCAAAAUGGGGCAAUUCAACAAUUUCAAACAGCUGGAAAUACAUCUAUUCAAAAUAUUGGUACUGGUGCUACCAAUGAUUUUUGGCUUAACUCAAAUGGUAAUCAUGGUUUUGAAGCUGCAAGAAAUAUAAUACUUAGUGACAAAGUAACAACUUAUGAAACUGGUCAGCUAUUGAUCGAUGAUAUGACACUCUGCAUCUUACCAACACCGACUACAGGUAAUACAGCGCUAUUGUAUAUGAGAAAUGUGCUGUUAGUCUAUGCUGUUCCUUUAAACACCUACCUUUAUCAUGUAAAUUGUGAUAAAAACCAACUUAUCUACAACGUAGCUGUAUUUUAG